AUGGAUCAACACAAGUUUAGCAGUCUGGAGGAUAUCGAUUUGAAUGCUGAUGGUAGUCUGGUCCUGAGGAUUAUAAUCUCGGUGGUCUACUCCGUGGUGUGCGCCAUGGGUCUGGUCGGGAACCUUUUGGUGUUUUUCUUGAUGAAGAUACGGCAGGGUCGCAAGAAAUCCACCAUUAACGUAUUUGUCAUCCAUUUAGCCGUGACUGACUUUCAGUUUGUCUUGACUUUGCCUUUUUGGGCGGUGGAUACUGUGCUGGAUUUCAGCUGGCCGUUUGGUAACGCCAUGUGCAAGAUCAUUUUAUCGGUCACCGUGAUGAACAUGUACGCGAGUGUGUUUUUUCUCACCGCUAUGAGCAUCACUCGGUACUGGUCUGUCGCAUCCGCCCUAAAGAUCCCUUCUCGAAAAAGGUCUGCAUCUGUGAAAUGGAUAUGUGCUGUGAUGUGGAUACUGGCGACCAUAGCCACAGCUCCAACUACCAUUUUCUCCACGGUGACAGUCGUUGCAGGUUUGUUCGACAAAGGGCCAUUAAAAAUCACCAAGGGAGGCGAUCUUAUGUCACCAAAUCUGUCACCGUGGUGGUCCUCUCCUUUUUUAUUUGCUGGAUGCCAAACCACGCCAUCACCCUUUGGGGCGUCCUGGUGAAACUGAACGCUGUCAACUGGGAUAAAACAUAUUAUAUGGUGCAUACUUACAUUUUCCCCUUGACUGUCUGUCUCGCCCAUACGAAUAGUUGUCUGAAUCCAGUUUUGUAUUGUCUGAUGAGAAGAGAGUUU